GUUAUGACGGAAAAGAUCUGAAAAUGCGAAUAAUGCAAUGAACCAAAAACACAGACAAAUAAGCUAUUUUUAUAUUAAUUAACUAAAAAGUGAUUUUCCUAUAAACUCGAUUUGCGCCUGCGAUUCUUGCCACUCCCAGAUCAUCGCUGUUCAACUUUGUUUUACAUCAAAGCACGGAAAUGGAAGGGACUGUUUUCGCUCCUGCAUUGGAAGGAAUAAAGAAUGUUAAGUCUGAACAGGGAGAGAUUCUGUCACAGCCUUUCUUGGAAGUGUGCAAGCAGAUACUUCCUGUUAUAGAAAAGUUUGGAGCGGCUAUGACCCUUGUUAAAUCUGACAUAGGUGGCAAUAUAUCGAGAUUGGAAUCUAAAUAUUCAUCUAGUCCAACCAAAUUCAACUACCUGUAUAGUUUGGUACAAGUAGAGGUUGAAACUAAAACUGCCAAGUCAUCAUCCAGUUGUACCAAUGGGCUUCUUUGGCUUACGAGAGCAAUGGAUUUCUUGGUGGCACUUUUCCGGAACUUAAUUGAGCAUACAGACUGGUCAAUGUCACAAGCCUGUACAGAUUCCUAUAACAAGACUCUAAAGAAGUGGCAUGGAUGGCUUGCUAGUUCAAGCUUCACUGUAGCGAUGAAGCUUGCUCCUGAUAGGAAGAAAUUCAUGGACGUGAUACAGGGAGGUGGUGAUGUUAAUGCUGACAUAGAGAAAUUCUGUACCACCUUUUCUCCUUUCCUCGAAGAGAAUCACAAGUUUCUGGCUCGAUUUGGUUUGGAUGAACUGAAGGCUUCAUAAAGCAGGAUUCACUGUCUAUUGAUGAAUGAAUGGUUCUGGCAUGCUCACCCUCUUUUUUGGUUGUCUUUAUGUUUAUGCUCCAUGUUUCUCUUUUGGCAUCCAAAAUAAUAAACAUGAUAACAAAAAAAAAAUCAAUGACUUAUAGUUAUUUACCUUACAAAUGACUUGUUUUCUGCUUGGUGGUAUGGAAUAUUGAGACAUAUGCAACUUUGUUUGGCAUGAAGUAAAUUUAUUGAACUAAA